AAUUCUCAAAAUGCCUAUCCCUUCUAGUUUCAAUAUCUCAAACUCUUCUUCUUCAUCAUCUUUAGCUCUUACCUCAACAAAGAUCAAAAAACUUAUCCACGCUCUCAUAGUUUCUAGCAUCUACCGUAUUAUUAGUGCACUAUCCAAAGUCAAAUCUACUUUAGUUAACAUUCUUAGGAACAAAAAAUCCAAUACUAACUUCUCUUAUCCUUCAAAUAAAAAACAUUGCAACAAGAGAAAAAAGAUUAUUAUGGGGUCAUUUAGGCUUCACUAUAAUUGGUCUUCAAGAUCUAAUUCUCACGUUAUGCCGGUUCCAUCUCGAGUUUAUGAAGGGUUGCCUAAAGCUCUUAUUUUAGGUGAGCAAGUUCAGAAUCGUGAUUGUUGUCACGACUUUGAGCUUGCAGGAUAUCUGCAAUGGCUUGAGGAGAGUACUGAUAUUGAUGGUGAUAGAAAUAAGGGGAAUGAAAAGGAUGAGGGGAUUAUUAAGGAUGUUGAUAGGUUGGCAGAAAUGUUCAUUGCAAACUGUCAUGAAAAAUUCAAGGUUGAAAUGGAGGAGUCUUGUAGGAGGUAUCAAGAAAUGUUGGCUAGGAGUUUGUGAUGAAAAAGAUAUGCUUAAAAUAUUAGUUUAUGUUAAAAUUAGAAUUUAAGUCACUUGUUAGUUACCAAAUAGGGUAAAAGUUGUGAUAUAUACUCCUAUUCUAUAUCCUUUGGAUGUAUCUAUAUGUCCAUUAAAGUCUAGCUUCAUAUUUGUCUUUUACAUUUUUUUUUCAUUUCAAAAUAUGAAAAUGGAGGGGAGGGGAUUGAAAUGCUCUAUAUGAUGGGAUGUAUGUGGAAUUGCAAUACCUUUGUUCAUAAUUAAGGUAGCUUUAAAUGUACGCUCUUUCAAAUUAACUCUUUUAUUUUUAUAUGUUCAACUUUAUUAUUAUUUGAUA